GACCCUUUCCAUAUGGCGCGUAUAUACAUACCUGCCAGAGGCCAGUCAGUCGAUACAAGAAACCACAGCGGAGGAAUCUACAAAUUAAGUCUCGUGGAAAAGAGGUGGCCCAUAUAUUUCUACUAAUUUUUUGGAGUGUGGCAGCUAAAAAGCUAAGGACGCGAAACGAUGGCGACGGCGACGUUGGCGACUUUGGAACUGGACUACUUUAGGGCGGUGUCCCUCUACCGACGUCGCUCCUACGAGCGCUGUGCGGACCUGUGCAACGCACUCCUGCAGGCCGGUCACGAUGGCCAUGUCCAACUGUUUGCCACCAAGGAGGAGGAGGAGGUAGACCAGAAGCAGCAGACGGAGUAUAGCAGAUUCGGUAGCAAUUUGCAACGCAUUGGCCCCAGGCCAAGAGGAGCAGCAGGAGGAGUAGCAGACUCUGGAGCAUCCAUCAUAAUGCCCACUUGGCUGAUGGAGGGCGUUUGGCAAUUAAAGAUGCGCGCCCUGACGCAGCGCGUCUACCUGGACGACCUGGAGGACGAGGUCGGAAAUGAGGGCACGGAGGAAGUUGAGUUCGAGCGCAUAGCCACUGCUGCUCGUCCAGGGAGCAGCAUAAAGACUGCUUUUCAGCCACGCCCACUCACUAGUCAGAGGGCGCAGCAGGCGAGGAGCAGAGGUUCCGGGGUGGCCCACUCCAGCGACGGUCGGUUGAAUAGUUCCAGGCCCGGAUCGGCGGCGGUGGCCCGUCCUGGAACAAGUCUAAGUCGACCGGGGUCUUCCCUAGGCUCUCGUUGCGGCACCGCUUCCAGAAUUCGAGCCACUUCUGCAGCGGCAUUCAAUGUGGGUGAUGCCACCUCUAAGCUUUACCAGGCAUCCCGUCUAAACCCCACCAUAUACGCUGAGCGGGAGACUCUGGUGAAGGCCCUGUUCCAGUUCCUCUAUUACCACGAAGCGGAUGUGCAAAAAGCCCAUUCCCUUUGCCAAGCGGUUCUGGAGGUUCAGCGUCAGAAGCCCAGUGGAUCCACUGCGUCCAACUCGUCCUGGUGGUGGCAACAGCAGAUGGGCAGAUGUCUGUUGGCCCUUCACUAUCCCCGAAGAGCGGAGCCCUUUCUUCAGCAAUCCCUAGCCAUCUUUCCCCAUCCGGAUACUUAUUUACUUCUCUCCAGGGUUUACCAAAGGAUAAAACAACCCGAGAGGGCUUUAUAUGUUAUCAGCGAAGUAGUGGAUGAGCGACCCUUCGAUGUCACCUACCGCCUCGAGCAGGCGAGGAUUCACCAGUACAUGGAACAGCAGGAGGAUGCACUGCAGCUCUACAGACUGGUGGCCAAGUUGCAGCCAAUUAAUGUCGAAUCUCUGGCUAGCAUCGCCGUGGGCUUUUUCUACGACAACAAUCCGGAAAUGGCACUUAUGUACUACCGGAGGAUUUUGUCUUUGGGAGCCCAGUCUCCUGAGCUCUAUUGCAAUAUAGCACUGUGUUGCCUAUAUGGUGGACAAAUCGACUUGGUUCUACCUUGUUUUCAAAGAGCUUUGGCCAUGGCUACUCAGCCCGGGCAAAAGGCGGACAUCUGGUAUAAUCUCAGCUUUGUGGCAGUGACUUCUGGUGACUUCAACCUGGCCAGAAGAUGUCUCCAACUGUGUCUCACAUCAGAUGCCCAGAAUGGAGCUGCACUUAAUAACUUAGCUGUACUAGCAGCCCAAGCUGGAGAUAUUUUGGGGGCUAAGUCCUAUCUGAAUGCAGCCAAGGAUGUGAUGCCGGAAGCUGCGGAGGUUACCACCAAUCUGGAGUUUAUGGAUGUGCACUACAAGCUGUAGAUAUAAGAAGAUAACAGAUAAAAGAUCGUACUGUUUUGAACAACUUA